AGGCUGUGACGGGGAGACCACGUCGCCGCGCUCGAGGCUGCGCGGUGGGUGUGGGGCCGCGGGAGGCUGUGACGGGGUUCGAGGAUGGGUGUGACACGGUGAGACGUGUGUGGACAGUUGUGUGCAGGGGCCGUGUAAGACUGUGACAGCAGGGGCGUGAUGGUGAGUGGCACGCGCGUGUGACCGUGUGAAACCGUGGUGGUGUGCGUGCUCUGAGACUGCAUGAGCUCGUGGCACUGUGACAGUGUUCAGUGUGACCCAGGGUGGGCGCCGGUGACCCGUUUUGAGGGAGGGCGGAUGACAACGAGGGGGUGUGUCUGCAGGCUGCCAGUGGGGAGGCCAGCUCCGAGGACUUCCUGGUUUGUCUGUGUGGUUUGUGUGGUGGGUGGGAGGCGGUGUUCCCCAGGGUUUGGGAAGCUGCUGCUGCAGGGGGGCGAUGGAGAGAGUCAAGAGUUUAAGAAGGGAAGAGAGAUGGGGAGAGGGGGAGACUGAGAGGAACCCAGCCUUAGGCCUGGAAAGCGGACGACCAGGCUUCUGAUCCCGAGCCCUCUCCAGCAGGACCAUGUCUCCUUCCUGCUCAGUCUCUGAGAUGUGUGAGGAGUUGAGGGAAAGGCAGAGGUCACCCAUGUGCUAUGUGGGAGCAAAGGCCGAAUGACUGCAAGUGACUGCACACACGGGAUGUGCCAAGCACUGUGUAAAUGUUUUAUGUGGAUCAUCUCAGGAGUCUCCAAAAGCUGAUGAAGAAACUAGUUUGGAAUGAUUAGCUAUAAUUUGCUGGAUGUUGCAGAUCUAGUGAGUGGUGGUGAUUGGAUGUUUGGGCCCAGGCAUUCUGAUCCACAAACCUGAUUCUUAUUACUAAGUUAUGCUGCUUAUUUUAUUUUUUGUUUGUUUUUUUAAUUGCCAGAGGGUAUGUGCAUUCACCAGAGAUAAAGAGAGACAGAGCGGGCCCUAAUGGGGCGUGGCCAUGCUGCAGUCCUUUUUCCUCCAUUUUUCUGUCCUAUCAGGAUUGGGGCCUGCACUUACCUGCAUCCAGCAUAUUUCCCAAGCUGCCAGGGCCAGGAUUUGAACUGUGGUCAGCUAUGUGGGAUCCAGCUCCCUAUACACAGCUUAACAACUGUGCUAUAGGUUGACCACUGUGUUGCUGCUUAGAUAAUCACCAUUCUUCAAGGCAGUUAGGUCUAGUGGAAAAUAAAUCAUGAGAAUUAAUUUCUAUGACAGCUGAUGUAUAACCUCCCUCCUCCCCACCCCCCGGAAAUUACUCAGAAAAGUCAAGAGAUUGGUUUUCAGGUGCAGUUUGUCACAAGCCAGGAGCAGAAGCAGGGCGUCCUGACUCUGGUCUAGUAGCAUCCAAACCACGUGGUCCCUCUGAUGCCUCCUCUAUAUAAAGAUCUCUGAGGCCCUCACUUUGCAGCUUUAUUGCUCAUCCUUGUAGAACAAGCGGGGACAUACUUCUUUUCCGCAUUAUCACCUAGUGGAAAGACUAGGAAGUUAGACUUAGUUUCCAGUUUGGCUUGAUUAGUUAUUACCAUGAUAUCUUGGAUAAUUUUACCAGUGUGGUUCCUUGAUGUAUGAAAGGGGGGAAAUCCUUACUUGAUAAUGCCAUCUGUAAUUGCUAUUAUCGUGUAUAAUUAAAAAUGAGGCAGUAACUUAUGCACAGAAAAUGUAUAUCAUGUUCUUGAGACCUAAAGCACUUGGGAGGAAUAAUUGUAAAUUUAGUAUGAAUGACUCUUUCAGUGACACUUCCGUGAUAGAAGCAGAAGAAAGAAAAGGAAAGAAAGGUUUCCAGGCUGGCGAUGCUGGGAGCUACAGAGCAGGCCUGGCAUUUUAUGAUUUCUUUUUCCUUCUGUAGCUCUAUUUUCUCAGGAUACUUCUCCCAGAGAGGAGCCUGAAGGAGAAGGACAAGCAAACUGUCAUAAAUUCUUGAAGUCUUAAAGCCAUGUCCAAGGCUGGAGUCACAUGGAAAAUCUGGGUUGGAUUCCCCAUCUAACCUGAAGGACAGGUGCAGUGGCAUGUGCCUGUAAUGCCAGUGACUUGAAGAGGCUGAGACAAGAGGAUUGUAAAUUCAAGACUAGUCUGGGCAACAUGGAUUUGGUGACAUUUGGGGAUGUGGCUAUAAAUUUCACUCAAGAGGAGUGGGAAUGGCUGAACCCUUCUCAGAGGAGUCUGUACAGAAAGGUGAUGUUGGAGAACUAUAAGAGCCUUGUAUCGCUGGCAGGAGUUUCUGUCUCUAAGCCAGAUGUGAUCUCAUUGUUGGAGCAAGGAAAAGAGCCCUGGAUGGUGAAGAAGGAGGGAACCAAAGUCACGUGCCCUGAUUGGGAAUAUAUAUUUAAAAGCAUUGAAUUUCCAUCAAAGCAAGAUAUUUAUGAAGAACCAUCCAAAUUAGUGAGAAUGAGAAAAAAACAUCUUAGUUAUAGCCUUGACUGCCCCAGUUUAAGGAAAGGCUGUGAAAGUGAAGGCUGGUUUAAAAAACAGUUGAGAAGUCAAGAGGUUCGUUCUCGACAAUUGAUCAUCACUCAUAAAGAAACCGUACCAGAAGAUCAAAGUAAAGAAUAUAGUAAAUCUUGGCAAAUAGUCCAUCAGGAUGCAAUACGGGAUAUACAACAGAGGUUUCCCACCAAAGAAAGAGAAAAUAAGUAUGAGCCACAAAAGAGAAGUUACCGGAAAAAAUCUGUUGGAAUGAAACAUAAGAAAGUCUAUGUAGAAAAGAAACUUCUGAAAUGUAGUGAAUGUGAAAAAGUCUUCAACCAGAGCUCAUCUCUUACUCUUCAUCAGAGAAUUCAUACUGGUGAGAAACCCUAUGCAUGUGUCGAAUGUGGGAAAACCUUUAGCCAGAGUGCAAACCUUGCACAACAUAAGAGAAUACAUACUGGGGAGAAGCCCUAUGAAUGUAAAGAAUGCAGAAAAGCCUUCAGCCAGAAUGCCCACCUUGCUCAACAUCAGAGAGUUCAUACUGGAGAGAAACCUUAUCAGUGCAAAGAGUGUAAAAAAGCCUUCAGCCAAAUUGCACAUCUGACUCAACAUCAGAGAGUUCACACUGGAGAGAGACCUUUUGAAUGUAUUGAAUGUGGAAAGGCAUUUAGUAAUGGUUCAUUUCUUGCUCAGCAUCAGAGAAUUCAUACAGGAGAGAAACCUUAUGUAUGUAAUGUUUGUGGAAAAGCCUUCAGCCAUCGUGGAUACCUAAUUGUACAUCAGAGAAUUCAUACUGGUGAGAGACCCUAUGAAUGUAAGGAAUGUAGAAAAUCCUUCAGCCAAUAUGCACACCUUUCUCAACAUCAGAGAGUUCAUACUGGAGAAAAACCUUAUGAAUGUAAAGUAUGCAGGAAAGCCUUCAGCCAGAUUGCAUACCUUGAUCAACAUCAGAGGGUUCAUACUGGAGAGAAGCCUUAUGAAUGUAUUGAAUGUGGUAAGGCCUUUAGCAAUAGUUCAUCCCUUGCACAACAUCAGAGAAGUCAUACUGGAGAAAAACCCUACAUGUGUAAGGAAUGUAGGAAAACAUUUAGUCAGAAUGCAGGCCUUGCUCAACAUCAGAGAAUUCAUACUGGAGAAAAACCUUAUGAAUGUAAUAUUUGUGGGAAAGCCUUUAGCUAUGGUGGGUCUCUUACACUACAUCAGAGAAUUCGUACUGGAGAGAGACCUUAUGAAUGUAAAGAUUGCAGGAAAUCUUUCAGGCAGCGUGCACACCUUGCUCAUCAUGAAAGAAUUCAUACUAUGGAGUCAUUCUUGACUCUUUUCUCUCCCUCCACAUCCAGUUGACUGCCAAGAGUGGUUAGUUUCAUCUCCUAGAAGAUUCUGUCUAGAAUCUGAAUCCAUUCCCUUUCCAUUUCAUCAUCCUUAUCCAAUACACAUUUGUCUGUUUGACAUGGAAUAUGAGAAUAGCUUCCUAACUGGUCUUCCUGUAUUCACCAUUGCCUGUAUCAGCUGUCCAUAUUGCAACUAAGUGUAUUUUAAAAAUAUGUGACCAUAUAAUUUUCCCCUUAUUAAAAUGUCUCAAUGGCACCCUAUUU